AUGCCGCCAAAAGAAUGCUUGACGUGCAAGCCAGGAAACGACACGCACCACCAAAGCGCCGUGGAGAAAACAGGCUGCGAGGACUCGUAUAUGCGCGUAGACGCCUGUAUGAAACGGCACAAUGGACGCGUCUCAGCUUGCACGAAGGAGUGGGAGAAGUUCCGCCAGUGCCACGAACAGAACAAGGCAGCGCAUAAGAGUGGCGACAAGAAGUGA